GCUCCUCCCGGGGCCUCUCGCCCUCAGGACGGAGCAGCCCUGAGGCCGGCUCCCAGCCCUACGCUGAGAAACCCAGCAAGACCCUCAGCAAAGAUGCUUUUAGUUCAGCAGGUGUCUCACCUGGCCAGGUCAAAGUGCCAGCCUGGGGCAGCACCAGAGGGAACCAGACAGAGCGCUGGCUGCUGCAUCCAAAGCCUCCUGAAAUCAUCUCCCUCUCCUCAGACAAGAAGAAACGUGCCAAACCUUCUCUGGAAAACAGCACGGGGCUGAGGAAACACUUCUUGCAGUAUGGAGGGGUCCUGCCUCUGGAGAGCCCAGCUGAGGGCUCUUCUCCUGCCUCCUUUGACUUCAACCAGGCCAGCAGAAAGCAGGUGGAUCGCCGCCUGGCCGGGGCUGCCAACAGUGUCUCAGCUCCCUUCCCUCACACAGCAUCUUCCUAUCAAAAGGUGGUAUCCUUAGUGGAGGCUCCUCCUUUUCCAGACUCUGGAGCAGUGGAGUCAGAGGACUGGAACACACUGGAUCACUUCAACCGACCUGGAAAGAUAAUUCCCUAUAAAGGGAUCACCAAACCCUCCUGGGUGACCAAUCGCCAUCCAUCCAGCUCGCCCCACCACUUCAGUGUGCCCAGGGAAGAUGGUGAUAAGGAGAAGGCGUGUCUGAGCGAGUGCAGGAAAGAGAGAGAUGAAGUGGAAGCCUACUGCACCAGUGAGUUUGCAGUGAAUGGAAUUGUUUAUAACCUGGAAAGACUGGGGAAGGGAGUCCACCUGCUCACCCUCUUGGUGACCCGUGAUGGAUUGUACAAGAUGAGUCGGUUGUAUGUCACUCCUGAUGGCUUCUUCUCUCGAGUUCACAUCUUAGUUGUGGAUACUUUAAACUGCAGGAAACCGUGUCCAGACUUUAAACUUGGCAGCAGAUACAUUGUGAUGGGCUGGAUCUACCACAAGAGACGCCAGAUCCCAGCACAGCUCCUGCAGCUCCUGCGAGGGCGCCUGAGGCCGGGGGAUGGUUUGCUGAGGAGCAGCAGCAGCUACGUGAAGAGGUUCAACAGGAAAAGGAACUGCAAGGUGCAGGCAGCUCACACCAAAUGCAGAUAAGGCUCCAAGAAACCUCCACCAGCAGCAGAAUUCACCGGCCAGAAAGAACCUGGCCAUGGUUUAGCAACAGCAGGAGGUAGCUCUUACCUCUGUCUGAUGGGACACUUGGUUUUUGUGCUUUAGCAAACGUGGAAAUAAUCAUUUGACUUCAUACCUAUAUGUUUGGGAAAUUUAGCACAGAAGGAAAAUUAAGUGGCCAUGAAUCUGCUCCAGCUGUUUGCAGAGCCAGAGGUGAUUAUUGCCUGCCCUGCAGUAAUGUACCCCUCAUCUUCUGUAAUCAUUGUAAAGUCAAACUCUGUUCUAGGUACACAAGGAGUAAAUGCUUUCAAUCCCUUAACUCUGAACAAUCCAUAGGUGGUAUCAGAGCUUUAUCUAUAGCAAUGUCCAUUGUGCUCUCACACUAUUCUGCCUGAGGUAUUACAUGCACCUGAUUCAAAAGGAACCAACACAACUAAGGAUCAUUUGGAUUUUGAUAACCUCAAAUGUGUCCACCCUACUUUACAAAUUACAUCAUUCUCCAAUCAAGGGCUGGAUUUCCACAUGAAGCUUACAAAAGAGCUAUGGAGUUAUCUGAGUAAAUGAAUACACUGACUGAAAUCAAAUCAGGCAAAUGCACAACACAAAUGCCCAAUCAGGCUUACAAAUAACUGAGAGUUCAUGCCAAAGAAUGCAAAAUAAACAGGCACUUGCAUGCACUUUUUGUUUGCCUGGUUACACUGUCAGCUCCUUAAAAGCUCAGUCCUAGAACUGUGGACUGAAUGUCAUUUUCCCAUGAGGAAU